UUGCUUUGCAGUUGUAUUUACAAGCGGGCACCGAAAAUAGAUGACACGUCCAGGCUGGAUGGAUGACAAUCCAGUUUACACAAUCUCAAAUUACAAAAUUGAAGAGGAGUUACAAAAAUGUUUUAUUUACCAGUGCAGUUUGCUAAAAGUUCAUUUGUGUACUCAUCCAUCCAUCCAUCCAUACGUGUUUUAAAGCAAUCAUUGAAGAAAAAAAAAAAAAAAAAGAUAAAGCAGAAAUUUCUUUUUAACCCCCUAAACUAAAUAUCGGCGUUUUAUCAUACAUGUUUAAAGCCUAACACAGAAAAUAGCGCAUGAAUAAUUAACAGGGAAGCGUUAGACAUGUAUAUAACUGGCACAGAACACAACUCAUUUUUAAUAUUUAAAACCGAAAUAUUGUCAUAUGUAGCACUUUGCGCUGCGAAAAACGUGGUUUAAGAAACGCAUCGUCGGCGCUCACCGCUGCGGGACGCCGCCGCUUUAAGGAAAUGCACUUGCAGCCAUUUUCUGCUCUUUGUGUCAAAGGAGGCUAGCGGAUAGUCAUUAUAAUACGAGAGCAUCAGUCUGAAGUUAAAGGGGCGAUCGCAGCACCGGUGUGUCCGUCGGCAGCCGCUUUGACGGGCAUGCGAGUUAGAGACUGAUCUCUGGUGGUGUGACUGAAGCAGUGUUGCCAUGACGACCCACGUGACUCUGGAGGAUGCCCUGUCCAACGUGGACCUGCUGGAGGAGCUUCCGCUCCCAGACCAGCAGCCCUGCAUCGAGCCCCCGCCGUCGUCCAUCAUGUACCAGGCUAACUUUGAUACUAACUUUGAGGACAGAAAUGCCUUUGUCACGGGGAUCGCUCGGUACAUCGAACAGGCCACAGUCCACUCGAGCAUGAACGAGAUGCUCGAGGAAGGCCAUGAGUAUGCUGUCAUGCUUUAUACCUGGAGGAGCUGCUCCAGGGCCAUUCCACAGGUGAAGUGCAACGAGCAACCCAACCGAGUAGAGAUAUAUGAGAAGACCGUGGAGGUUCUAGAGCCUGAGGUCACUAAACUUAUGAAGUUCAUGUACUUCCAGCGGAAGGCCAUUGAGCGGUUCUGCGGCGAGGUCAAGCGGCUGUGCCAUGCAGAGCGCAGGAAGGACUUUGUGUCCGAGGCGUAUCUGCUCACACUUGGAAAGUUCAUCAACAUGUUCGCCGUGCUGGACGAGCUGAAGAACAUGAAGUGCAGCGUAAAGAAUGACCAUUCAGCCUACAAGAGGGCCGCCCAGUUCCUGAGAAAGAUGGCGGAUCCACAGUCUAUUCAGGAGUCCCAGAAUCUCUCCAUGUUCCUGGCCAACCACAACAGGAUAACUCAGUGUCUCCACCAGCAGCUCGAGGUAAUACCAGGCUACGAGGAACUCUUGGCUGACAUCAUCAACAUCAGUGUAGACUACUAUGAGAAUAAGAUGUACCUCACACCCAGUGAGAAGCACAUGCUGCUGAAGGUCAUGGGCUUCGGCCUCUACCUGAUGGAUGGGAACGUCAGCAACAUCUACAAGCUGGAUGCCAAGAAAAGGAUAAACCUGAGCAAGAUUGACAAGUUCUUCAAGCAGCUUCAAGUUGUCCCCCUUUUCGGGGACAUGCAGAUUGAGCUGUCCCGGUACAUCGAGACCAGUGCCCACUAUGAGGAGAACAAGUCCAGGUGGACGUGCACUCAGAGCAGCAUCAGUCCCCAGUAUAACCUGUGUGAGCAGAUGGUCCACAUCAGAGAGGACCACAUCCGAUUCAUCUCGGAGCUAGCCCGCUACAGCAACAGUGAGGUGGUGACCGGUUCAGGCCUUGACAGCCAGAAGUCAGAUGAGGAGUACAGGGAGCUCUUUGACCUGGCACUCAGGGGCUUACAGCUGCUGUCCAAGUGGAGCACCCACGUCAUGGAGGUGUACUCCUGGAAACUGGUACAUCCCACUGACAAGUUUUGCAACAAGGACUGCCCUGGGACGGCAGAGGAGUAUGAGAGAGCCACGCGCUAUAACUACACCAGCGAGGAGAAGUUCGCCCUGGUAGAAGUCAUCGCCAUGAUCAAGGGCCUGCAGGUCUUGAUGGGCCGAAUGGAGAGCGUGUUCAACCAGGCUAUCCGGAUUAGCAUCUAUGCUGCGCUGCAAGACUUUGCUCAGGUGAUCCUGAGGGAGCCGUUGCGGCAGGCGGUGCGGAAGAAGAAGAACGUCCUGAUCAGUGUCCUCCAAGCAAUUCGGAAGACCAUAUGUGACUGGGAGGGGGCAAGGGAGCCGCCCAACGACCCCUGUCUACGAGGGGAGAAGGACCCCAAGGGGGGCUUUGACAUCAAAGUGCCCCGGCGAGCUGUGGGACCCUCCAGCACCCAGGUCAGGGGAUGGGGCCUGGGUCAUUUCUGGGAAAGUCGUGGUUUUCUGGUGCCCAUGUGUGACAUGUGCCUCUCUCGCCCAUGUGCCGUGCAGCUGUACAUGGUGCGGACUAUGCUGGAGUCCCUGAUCGCAGACAAGAGUGGCUCCAAGAAAACGCUCCGCAGCAGCCUGGACGGCCCCAUAGUCAUGGCCAUCGAGGACUUCCACAAGCAGUCUUUCUUCUUCACCCACCUGCUCAACUUCAGUGAGACCCUACAGCAGUGCUGUGAUCUCUCCCAGCUCUGGUUCCGUGAGUUCUUCCUGGAGCUGACCAUGGGCCGUAGGAUCCAGUUCCCCAUCGAGAUGUCCAUGCCCUGGAUUCUCACAGACCACAUCCUGGAGACCAAGGAGCCUUCCAUGAUGGAGUAUGUACUGUACCCGCUGGAUCUGUACAAUGACAGCGGUUACUACGCUCUGACAAAGUUCAAGAAACAGUUUCUGUAUGAUGAAAUUGAAGCUGAGGUGAAUCUGUGUUUUGACCAAUUUGUGUACAAGCUAGCAGAUCAAAUUUUUGCCUACUACAAAGCAAUGGCCGGAAGUGUUCUACUGGAUAAACGUUUCCGAGCAGAGUGCAAGAACUACGGCGUGAUUAUUCCGUACCCACCCUCCAACCGCUACGAGACGCUGCUCAAGCAGAGGCAUGUGCAGCUUCUGGGCCGCUCCAUUGACCUGAACCGCCUCAUUACUCAGAGGAUCUCGGCUGCUAUGUACAAGUCACUGGAGCAGGCCAUCAGCCGCUUCGAAAGCGAGGACCUAACCUCUAUAGUGGAGCUGGAGUGGUUGAUAGAGGUGAACCGAUUGACACAUCGGCUCCUGUCCAAACACAUGACCCUGGACAGUUUUGACGCUAUGUUUCGUGAGGCCAAUCACAACGUCUCUGCUCCCUAUGGCCGGAUAACACUUCACGUCUUUUGGGAACUCAACUUUGACUUCCUGCCCAACUACUGCUACAAUGGCUCUACCAAUAGAUUUGUUCGGACAGCCAUUCCCUUCACCCAAGAGCCACAGAGGGACAAACCAGCCAACGUCCAGCCGUACUAUCUGUACGGGUCCAAGCCACUGAACAUCGCUUACACCCACAUCUACAGCUCCUACAGGAACUUUGUUGGCCCUCCUCACUUCAAGACCAUCUGCCGCCUCCUUGGUUACCAGGGCAUCGCCGUGGUAAUGGAGGAACUGUUGAAGAUUGUGAAGAGCCUGCUGCAGGGCACCAUUCUGCAGUACGUGAAAACUUUGAUUGAGGUCAUGCCCAAGAUCUGCCGGCUUCCUCGCCAUGAGUACGGCUCUCCUGGCAUCCUGGAGUUCUUCCACCACCAGCUGAAGGACAUCAUCGAGUACGCCGAGCUGAAGACGGACGUGUUCCAGAGCCUCAGGGAGGUUGGGAAUGCCAUCCUGUUCUGUCUGCUGAUUGAGCAAGCUCUGUCCCAGGAAGAAGUGUGUGACUUACUGCACGCCGCACCCUUUCAGAACAUCCUGCCCAGGGUCUACAUUAAAGAGGGGGAGCGUCUGGAGGUGAGGAUGAAGAGGCUGGAGGCAAAAUACGCCCCCCUUCAUUUGGUACCUCUGAUCGAGAGGCUGGGAACCCCACAGCAAAUCGCCAUCGCCCGCGAGGGGGACCUUCUCACCAAAGAGCGCCUCUGCUGCGGCCUCUCCAUGUUCGAGGUGAUCCUGACCCGCGUGCGCAGCUACCUACAGGACGCCGUGUGGCGCGGCCCCCCCCCCACCAACGGCGUCAUGCACGUGGACGAGUGCCUUGAGUUCCACCGCCUCUGGAGCGCCAUGCAGUUCGUCUACUGCAUCCCCGUGGGCACCAACGAGUUCACGGCGGAGCAGUGUUUUGGGGACGGGCUGAACUGGGCCGGCUGCUCCAUCGUGGUGCUGCUUGGACAGCAGCGGCGCUUUGACCUCUUUGACUUCUGCUACCACCUGCUGAAGGUGCAGAGGCAGGACGGCAAGGACGAGAUCAUCAAGAACGUGCCCCUGAAGAAGAUGGCAGACCGCAUCAGAAAGUACCAGAUUCUGAACAACGAGAUUUUUGCCAUCCUCAACAAGUACAUGAAGGCUGUUGAGACGGACAGUUCGACAGUGGAGCAUGUCCGCUGCUUCCAGCCCCCUAUACACCAAUCCCUGGCUACCACCUGUUAAGCCCCACCCCCUUCCCAGUCCCGAGCUUCCCCGCCCAUCACCUACACUGUACCUACACUGGAUCAGAACAUUCUGUCUGCCCAGUUUCAGAGGUUUUGGCGCCUUUCUGUUUUGGAGGGGUUGAUGCAGGCUUGCAUCCCUGUCCUUAAGUGAGAAGUCCAGUCUUGUGUUCUUCAGGGAAUGGGGGAAUGGUCCGUUUUGUGACCAUGCAAAAAAUGCGUAAAAAUGGUUUACACCUUUGCAUAUAAAACCAAACAUGAGCUGAAAAACCCCAUGAGCUGAUUAAUGGAAUUUUCAAAAAAAACAAAAAAAAAACAGAUUAGAUUAUAUAAGAGUAAGACAGCUAAUUUUAAAAUAUAUGGAUUGAUUUGGUUGCUUAAUAUAUUUUUUGGUAAUGUUGCAGACACUGGAUUACAUUUGUCCUUCUGUGUUGGCUUGUUUAAAAUGACUUUUUUUGUAAAUAUGAAAAGUGUUUUCUUUAUGGUUUUACAGAACAUAUGUGGGACAUUAAGAAAGGAAACUUCUCCCAGUGUGAGGUGCUGUCACCACCCCGAACCAGUGUUCUCUCUUUCAUUUAGACCCUUUUGUGCAAAGAAACUUUCAGCUCAACAGAAUGUUGUACUUGAAUAAUUCAGAUGAUGUCCUUUAUCAGAGACCUGAAAUAACAUUUGAGGUUAUAAAACUAAAGAUUAUAUACAAAAAUUAUAUAUUGAAUUAUGUAGGUUAUCCAGUGAUUAUAUAAGGAUCCCCCCCCCACUCCUCUCUCGCCACUCCAGCUGUUACACCCCCUGAUUUCUCUCUCUGACCAGCCUCCCCCCUCGCUUUAAACUUCAAGUUCUACUUGUUUUUGUUCUUCCACCAAUAGAAGCAACAUGCAUUUUCUUUGGAAUGACACAACUGGGACAUAAAUGUAAUAUUUUAUUUAAUGAAAGCAACUGGUACAUAUAUAAUAAAUCCAGUAAUCAAUAUGUAUGCUUACAGAAAAGAAAAUAGAUGUUAUUUAUAUUUACUGUAUUUACAAUAGAGAUUUCUUUUAUAAAAAAUACAUUAAAUCUGAUUUAAAAUAUCUAAAUAUGAAAUGAUAGAAAGGAAUAACUGAAAUUCUAUUUUCGGUCUGCCGCUUUAAAUUAUUCCAGUUUUUUGGAUUUCUUGUGAUUGUAAUUGUUGUUGUAAAUUUCACAGGAAUUUUCCCAAGAGCUGAGGCAUCAAAGUAUUUCUUUCUCAAUAUAGUUUAUUUACUGUACGUCCACUGUGGCCUAUUUUCUGAUUUGUGCAAGAACUGUCAUCCUUUUCUAGACAAGCCCUUAACUUUGCUCGUAAACAGUUUUUAUAUGUUUUUACAGUGACAAAAUAUUGUCAAUGUUAAGCCUCUCAUUUCCGAGAGAGUUUCCCGACAGAUAAAAAUGUAACUCGCAUAUCAGUAAUAAAAUACACAGAAAUAUCUGGUGUUAGCAGCUGAGCACAUUAGAUAUAACUUAAUUAAACUAAAGAGUGAUUAGUGCUACCAUUCUGUCCAUUUCACAGAGUAUUAUGCAGAUAACUUGUUUUACUUUUUUUUUUUUAUUAAAAGGUAUAUCAGUAUUAAGCAUUUAUUGUUUAUUUUGGCGGUGUUACCAAAACACAUGGAUAUUUUUAAUAUAAUGUUCCAAAGAAACUAUGCUUCAACAAGCUGACAGGAAUUGAAAUUAAAUGCAUGGCAGCUGUUGUGAAAUUAUUAUUUUUUCCUCCUAAUUUUACCUAUUUUGUUAGUGGUCAUUAGAAAUAUGUACUGUUUUUACAGUGAUUUUUCCAAAGUUUUUUUUUUCAUCAUUCCUUAGAUUAUUUAUUAAAAUGGGUAUACUUCUGUUCCUAAAAAGCGCUAUUGUUACUUAAAGAAGCAGAAAGUGAUACAAAUAAAAAUAUAUAAUAAUAACUUUGAAGAACUUAGCAUGACAGGUGCAAUCUGUUGUUGUCCUGACACUGUUUGUGACAUAUGGUUUUGUUCAUGAUAUUGUACACAAGUCAUAAUGUUCUGGAGUUGAAAAAAUAACAACUGAUCCAGUGAGGGAGUUUAAAUAUUGUAUUUUAAAUAAAAAAUAAUAAUUACGACUUUU